CUUCUUCUUGCCGGAGAGCUCGAUCCAAAAACAAGGUUCCACAUUUGGAGGAGAAGAUGACAACACCGCAAGUAAAGACCGGUUUGUUUGUCGGUUUGAACAAAGGCCAUGUUGUCACCAGACGCGAGUUGGCUCCUCGUCCCCGUGCUCGCAAAGGAAAAACAAGCAAGAGGACACUCUUCAUCAGAUCCUUGAUCAGGGAAGUUGCCGGUUUUGCUCCCUACGAGAAGAGAAUCACUGAGCUUCUUAAGGUUGGUAAAGACAAGCGUGCUCUUAAGGUGGCCAAGCGAAAGUUGGGUACCCACAAGAGAGCCAAGAGGAAGAGAGAGGAGAUGUCUAGCGUUCUCCGCAAGAUGAGGUCUGGUGGUGGUGGUGUCACCGAGAAGAAGAAAUGAGCUUAGCUAGAGAACCACUCGUAUUGUGUGUGUUUAGUGUUUUGGAUCUUAAGAGUUUUGUUGUCCAAGACUGGUGUUUAUUAUUUUUAUGCGUCAAAGCGUCUAUCCACUUUUUAUCAUAUUUUUUUAAUUACC